AUGUCAAACAUAUAUUGUGUGACACUGUUUGUUGAAAAUUAUCAAAGAUUAUCAUAUUACAUAGAAUCAACCAAUGUUAAUGUUCCACCUAGAUCACCGGGUGGACCAUUAAAACUUGGAAAAGGUUUGAAGUAUCCUGCCGAUAUUAUUGAAUCUGUUCAAAUGGAUGGUUUGGAUGAUCCAAAAAUAAAAAUAGAAUUUGCUGGUAUGGAAGAAAGUGAUGAAGAAGCAACGAUUUCUGCUGCUGAUGAUGAUGAUGAUGAAUCAGAAGAGGAUGAAGACGAAGAAGAAGAAAUUGUCGUUCCGAUCAAGAAAAAAAAAUUACAAAAAUCAAAAACUGAAGAAGAUAUUCAUUCUUUUCUUUAA